AGAAAAUCUGAGCGGUAUUGAUGGCGCCCAAGGCGGAGAAGAAGCCGGCGGCGAAGAAGGUGGCGGAGGAGGAGCCCUCGGAGAAGGCGGCUCCGGCGGAGAAGGCCCCCGCGGGGAAGAAGCCCAAGGCGGAGAAGCGGCUACCUGCGGGCAAGUCCGCCGGCAAGGAGGGCGGCGACAAGAAGGGUAGGAAGAAGGCGAAGAAGAGCGUGGAGACCUACAAGAUCUACAUCUUCAAGGUCCUGAAGCAGGUGCACCCCGACAUCGGCAUCUCCUCCAAGGCCAUGUCCAUCAUGAACUCCUUCAUCAACGACAUCUUCGAGAAGCUCGCCGCGGAGGCCGCCAAGCUCGCCCGGUACAACAAGAAGCCCACCAUCACCUCCCGCGAGAUCCAGACCUCCGUCCGCCUCGUCCUCCCCGGCGAGCUCGCCAAGCACGCCGUCUCGGAGGGUACCAAGGCCGUCACCAAGUUCACCUCGUCUUAGCCGCCUUGUUGUAGGCGUCGUUGUUGUCUGCUUCUCAAGCAAGCACUGUCAUGUGCCGCUUCUCAUGGCAGUAGUGGUGGUUGGCUGGUGUGUGUAAGUGGUGCAGUGGCUUUUGCCUGUGUUAUGAAUUUAGUCAUGGUGGUAAUGUAUUGCUAUGGUUAUUUGAAUGUUGAUCAGUGAUCUUAUGUCCGCC